UUCGCGGCAGGCUAUCACCUCGACGUCCAUCGUUCCACAACUGAGCGGAUCCUAAUACAGGUUUUGUCCAUUAUUUGGAACCAGCUCUCCACUGAAAUAUUUCCGAACCAAUUGGACUUAGGGCAAGAGCAGACGAAAAUUCUUAAAAUGACGGAAACGCAUUUGGGAACCAGUCAAUGUCAGUGUCAGGCGGAUUAUUACUUAACAUAAGACGGCCUUUUGCCCGUUAUAUAAAAAUAAUUCAGUAAAUUAUACAUACAUAUUAUACGUAUAUUUUUUCGCAGUGGCUCAUUCGAUAAUGGUUAUUUUUAGUGAUGCUCGCAGUAUGCUUCCUUGUAUACAUUGUAACACCAGCUUUAUCGGACUAUUAUAGCCCACGAUAUGAUGACUUCGACAUCAACCCUCUCAUAGAAAACGACCGGAUAUUAGUGAGUUACUCAAAAUGCUUCCUCGACCAAGGUCCGUGUACACCGGAAGCAAAAGAUUUUAAAAAAGUUAUACCGGAAGCAUUAGAGUCAUCUUGUGGAAAAUGCACUCCAAAACAGAAACAGCUUAUCAAAACGGUAAUAAAAGCUAUAAUGGCAGCUCACCCUGAUACUUGGGACCAGCUCGUGAACAAGUAUGAUGGAGAGAAAAAAUAUAGGGAAGAAUUCAAUAAAUUUCUUAAAGAGAAAGAUAGAAAGUAAUACUUUUCAUUUGCUUGUAAACAAAAAUUAUGAUUAUUUUCCAUAAGCCGUCCAAUGGACAAUGGAGAUGUUUCUACGCCUUCUUAGAUGCAAUAAAUAAGUAAUAAUUAUCGGGGACAGAUUUUGAAAUAAUUAUUUACAAUAUAAUAAGAUAGAUAUUCAAUAAAAAAAGAUAGAUAUGAAUUUACUGUCAAUAAGUGAUUCUUUCUUCAAUUUUUAAUUGAAAUUAUUAUUUUUAAGUUUUAAUUAAUUUAUUUAUACAUAAUUUUCGAAUCACUUGAACACCCAAAAAAAUUAUCAAGUUCUGUUAAGAGAAUAAGACCGGCAGAAGAAUAUAUGCCAGCUGUUUAUUUUUUGUAUAGAUAAAUUGCUAAAUAAGAUACUGCAGCGCCAUCUGACGGGCUGAUUUGUGAAUUAAAACCAUCCAGGGCGCCACCCAAACACAUACAAAAAAAAAACAUUAAAAUCGGUCCACCCGUAAAGGAGGUGUUCAGUGACAUACACCAGUACAGUAGAAUUAUAUAUACAAUGACAUAUUUUUAUAACUUAAUUAUUGCCAAUAAACAGAUUAAUUAACAUUGUCUCAUUGUCAAUUUGUUUGCCUAUAGUUUUUUACUUAGGCUGUUUGAUUUUUUGGAAUAUAAAUCUUAGUACUAAAUAAAACUAUAUUUUCUCUCCAUAAAAAUAUUCCUCUCCACUUAAAAAUUACAUUAAUAACCUAAAUUGCGCCAACCGUCUUCAAGUUUACCGCUCAGACACAUAUUUUGCGAUUCAUUUUUAUUUCAAUAAUAUUCAGAUAUUUAUACUGAGACAGUUAGUUAAACGAAGUGAUACUUGAAUGAUACUCGUGAUGCCUGCAAAGCCUAGAUUAUUCUCUACAAAAUUGUCUUUUCAAUAAUUUUAUCUUUCGCCUUAAUCUACGGU